AUGUCGAGAAAGCUCAAGGUACUCAUCGGCGCCAUUGCGUGCUUCCCGCUGUGCGCAUGGGCCUUGUUGGACGACGCGAUCGUGUCCUUUGAAGCCUCGGACUCCUGCGUCGACAUUACCUACUCGAACAUCCUCUGCUCGCCGGAGGAACCAGUCGGCAUCCACAUCGCUGCGGAGAGCCUGGCAACCGACUUUCAGCAGAUCACCGGAGUGGGCCGAUCAGUGAUCAAGGUCGAUGGCGCAGAUGCUGCUCCCGCCUCGGACACAGCCAUCAUUGUCGGCUCCCUGGACUCGGCUCUGAUCCAGCACCUCUCCUCCAACGGCCACCUCGACGUCUCCCAGCUGGAGGGCAAGUGGGAGUCAUUUGUCACCAGCGUUGUCGAGAAUCCCCUGCCUUCUGUACAAAGGGCUCUCGUGAUCGCUGGCAGUGACAAGCGAGGCACGAUCUUUGGCAUCUACACCCUCGCGGAACAAUCUGGACAAUCACCGUAUCACUUUUGGGCUGAUGUCCCGCCCAAGAAGCACGACCACAUCUUCGCCCUUGCAAAGACGGUCUUUCAGGGGGAGCCGAGCGUCCAGUACCGUGGGCUGUUCAUCAACGACGAGGAGCCCGCCCUGAACGGCUGGUGGGCCAGGUACAAUGGCCAGGUCCGCCAUCCCCUCGACUCGGGGUUCUAUGCGCACGUCUUCGAUCUUCUGCUCAGGCUGAGGGCAAACUACCUGUGGCCAGCCAUGUGGGCGUCCUCCACACCACCCCCCGGCAACAUCUUCUUCACCGACGAUCCCAAGAACCAGCAGCUUGCUGACGACUAUGGCAUUGUCGUGGGCACGAGCCACCACGAGCCCAUGCAACGAGCCACCAACGAGUGGAAUGUCAGCGAGACGGGCGGGUGGGACUGGUCCAAGAAUAGGGGGAAUAUGACUACCUUUAUGGAUGAAGGCGUGGCGAGGGCCGGAAACAACGAAUCCUACUUUACGAUUGGGAUCAGAGGUCUCGGCGACGAGGCCAUGGAAGCGGACGACGCGUCCCGUGUUCUCUCCGAGGUCUUUGAAGUCCAGCGCGAGAUCAUUGAAAAGUAUCAUGGUUCCAAGGAUGCUGUACCCCAGGUGUGGGCGCUCUACAAGGAGGUCAUGCCCUACUAUGAGGCUGGACUGAAUCCACCAGACGAUGUCACGAUUCUAUUCCCCGAUGACAACUUUGGCAACGUGCAUCGUCUGCCGAUUGGAAACGAGAGCGAAAGAGCCGGUGGCUGUGGUGCCAAGGUCUACAAGGAACUCUCCCAGACCUAUAUGAGAGGCGCCACUGGCCUUUGGGUGAUCAACGUGGGGGAUAUCAAGCCCAUGGAGGUGCCCCUGAACAUGGCCAUGGACAUGGCGUGGAACAUGGACCGAUUCACCCCCGACAAGCUUCUCUCCUACCUGGAAGCCUUUGCGACGCGCGAGUUUGGACCAGACCACGCCAAGGAGACGGCCGAGGUGCUUCUCGAGUACAGUCAUCUCGUCGGCAUCCGCAAAUAUGAGCACGUCACGUCGGGGACCUACUCGGUCGUCAACUACCACGAGGCGGAGAGGGUGCUAGGUCGGUGGAAGACGCUGGCCGCACGGGCCAAGUCCGUCCAUGACCAGCUCCCCGAGAAGCUCAAGCCAGCAUACUACCAGUUGGUGUACUAUCCCGCCGCCACCGGCGCCGUCUACCACUCGGUGGUCAUUGGGGUGGGCAUGAACUACCGGCACGCCCAGGAGCGUCGCAACUCGGCCAACCAGCUCGCCCACGAGGUCCUCGCCCUCUUUGACGAGAGCUACGACUUUGUCGAGGCGUGGGACGCCAUGCUCUGCGGCAAGUGGCAGAAGAUGAUGUCGCAGGCCGUCUACGACGCCGUGCCCCAGGACCCCAAGCUGUGGGCGAACCCAUCCCGCGACCUGCUCGCCAACAUCUCCUUUGUCCAGCUGCGCCAGAACAUGCAGCUCUCCGAGGGCAACCUCGGUCUCUACGCCGAGGAGUCGGACAGCCCCGUGCAGCAAGCGCGCUGGGCCGAGUCGGUCGACUCGUCCAUGCCCACGGUCGAGUAUCCCGCUCUCCUGCCCGUCAUGGACCCGUACGGACCGCCGGUGCGCCACCUCGACGUGUUCCAUCGGGGAGACUACCGCGUGCCCAUCCACUGGACCCUGGGCGAGAUGCCUGAGCCGUGGGUGUCGAUCCAGCCGGCCUCGGGGACGGUAGGGGACGACCACAUGGUCGAGCGGCUGAACAUUACCAUCGACUGGGCCCAGGUACCCGAGAGCUUCAACGACACGAUUGAGAUUGAAAUCACGGCGACGCCCGCGGAAAUACCUUACUUUGAUCUGAUCCGCGUCCCCGUUCUCAAGACGCAGCUGCCAGACGACUUUGUGGGUUUCCCCGAGACUGCGGGCUUCAUCUCGAUCGAAAGCCCGCACUUUCAGCAGAGCAGCUCAGGGGCCAACAACGGGACCGUGCACUUUGUGACAAUGCCCUACCUUGGCAGUCGAAGCGAGUCCGGCGCCCUGGCGGUGCGCCGGUACAAGGCGGCCCGUCAGAACAACGCGGCCGCGCGCGACGCGUGGGUGGAGUACAGCAUCUACCUGUUCACCGACGCGGACGACACUUCGGCCACGCUCUACUGCACCACGGGACUGGAGACGGAUCCUCAGCUCAAGAUGGAGUACUCGCUUACCUUGGACGACGCACCCGUCAACAUGACACGGGUCCUGGGGGACUACAUCUCGGAGGACUAUAUAGGAGACGUGCCUCCUGUCUGGGUGGACCAGGUCAUGGACCAGGUCUGGACGUUGCAUGUAGACCUGGGGCCCAUUGAGGCAGGGGAGCAUACCCUGCGAUGGGCAGUGAACUCGCCCGAGGUGUAUCUAGAAAAGAUCGUGCUCGACACGCACGGUGGCGUGAAGCCAAGUUACCUCGGACCCCCUGAGACGUCGCUCGUGGGGGCUUAG